AUGUGUGCCUCUGAAUUACGAGAACCGUAUUAUGAGGCAUUACCAACAAAUCUAAAACCAAUUCAUUAUGAUUUAUCAAUUUAUGAUAUAAAUUUAAAGAAUGAUACGUUUAAAGGUGAAGUAUCUAUUGAUUUAGAUGUUUUACAACCAACUAAUGAAUUAAUUUUAAAUUAUAGGGAUAUAUCUGUAACAAAAGAAGAUAUUAAAGUCACAAAUAAUGGAGAUAACAUUAAAAUUGAUUCAAUUGAAGAAAAUAAAUCAAAAGAAUAUUUCAUAAUUAAAUUUAAUCAAACUGUUGAAUCAGGAAAAUUAAAUGUUAUAAUCAAUUAUAAUGCAAUUAUUCAAACUAAUAUGGCAGGAUUUUAUAAAUCAAGUUAUGAAGAUCAAGGAGUUACAAAAUAUAUGUUAAGUACUCAAUUUGAAGCUACUGAUGCAAGAAGAGCUUUUCCUUGUUUAGAUGAACCAUUAUUAAAAUCUACUUUUAAAGUUAAAAUAAUUGGUGAUUCUAAUUGGACAUUUUUAAGUAAUACUCCAGUUGAAUCUGAAACUGAAAUUGAAAAUGGAUUAAAACAAGUUAAAUUUGAACAAACUCCAAUUAUGUCAACUUAUUUAUUAGCUUGGGCAUGUGGAGAAUUUGAAUAUAUUGAAUCAUUUACAAAAGAAAAUUAUAAUGGUAAACCAUUACCAGUAAGAAUUUAUACUACAAAAGGAGGUUAUAUAGAAGAUGCAAAAUUAGCAUCUGAAAUUACUCCUAAAAUAGUUGAUUAUUUUUCAAAAAUUUUUGAAAUUAAAUAUCCUUUAUCUAAAUUAGAUUUAAUUGCUGUUCAUUCUUUUUCUCAUAAUGCUAUGGAAAAUUGGGGACUUAUUACAUAUAGAUCAACUGCUUUAUUAUAUAAUUCUGAAAAAUCAGAUCCAUCAUAUAAACAAAAAGUUGCAUAUGUUGUAGCUCAUGAAUUAGCUCAUCAAUGGUUUGGUAAUUUAGUUACUAUGAAAUGGUGGGAUGAAUUAUGGUUAAAUGAAGGAUUUGCAACUUGGGUUGGUUAUACAGCUGUUGAUUAUUUAUAUCCUGAAUGGGAUAUUUUUAGUGAAUUUGUUAGUACAAGUUUAGAACAAGCAUUAGAAUUAGAUGGUUUAAGAAAUUCUCAUCCAAUUGAAGUACCAGUAGUUGAUGCUUUAGAUAUUGAUCAAGUAUUUGAUGCUAUAAGUUAUUUAAAAGGAGCUUCUACAAUAUUAAUGAUUUCGAAAUAUUUAGGUACAAAUUUAUUUUUAAAAGGUGUUGCAUUAUAUUUAAAAACAAAUAAAUAUAGUAAUGCUACAAGUCAAGAUUUAUGGAAUGCUAUAAGUGAAGUUAGUGGGAAACCUGUUGAUAAAUUAAUGAAUACUUGGAUUAAAGAAGUUGGGUUUCCUAUUGUUAAUGUGGGAAAUUUUGAAGAUGGUUUAAAAUUUAGUCAAUCACGAUUUUUGAAUGGUGGUGAUGUUAGUGAAGAAGAUACUAAAUCAAAAUGGUGGAUUCCAUUAAAUAUAUUGAGUGAGAAUUCCAUAGGAAUUGAUUCAUUUGAUAAAUACGAAAUAGAUUAUAAGAAUUAUCAAUUGGGUGAUUCAAAAUUUAAAAUUAAUAAAGAUACAUCAGGAGUUUAUAGAGUAAAAUAUUCCGAUGAUAUUUUGGAAAAAAAUGUGAUUCCAUAUUUUGAAGAAUUUUCAAGUAGGGAUCAAGUAGGUAUUAUUGCUGAUUUUGCGGCUACAGCAUGUUCAGGUAAUAAUUCAACUGUUAAAUUUUUGAAAUUCAUAAAUACAAUCGUACCGAAAUUAAAAGAUGAUUAUGUUGUAUGGUUAGAGUUAGGAAAAAAUUUAGGAAAUUUUGCUAAUGUAUUUACAAGUAAAGAUUCCAAUGAAUCAAUAAAAACAUUUUUACAAAAUGUAUAUUCAAAAAAAGCUAUUGAAAUAAUUGAAGAUUUACAAAAAAAUAAAAUUGAUGAUUCAGAUUUUUUAAAAGUUAAAUUCAGAUCUGAAAUUUUAACAAAAGCUGGAAGACUAGAUAUUCCUAAAGUUUAUGAAUUUGCACUUGAAUUAUUUAAUAACCCAACAACAAUUCAUCCAUCAUUAAGAUUAUUUGUAUAUACAGCUAUAGCAUCAUCUUCUAAUUUCACACAAGAACAAUUUAAUGAAAUAAUGAAACAAGUCACAAAUCCAACAUCAUUAGAUUCUAGAGAAUUAGCUUUAACUGCAUUAGGAUCAACCAUAAAUCCUGAAUUUAUUGAAAAAUUAUUAAAUUCUUUGAUAGAUCCUAAAAUUCUUCCACCAAUGGAUUCACACUUUUUAGGAAAACCAUUAAGUUUAAAUUCUAAAACUAAAUAUAAAUUUUUAGAUUUUUUUCUACAACAUUAUGAUUCAAGUUUUUAUAAAAUAAUGUCAACUAAUAUGGUUGUACUUGAUAGAUUUAUAAAAAUAACUUUAAGAAAUUAUUCAUUACAAUUUGAAUUAGAUAAAAUUAAUAAUUUUUUUAAAAGUAGAGAUAUUCAUGGAUUUGAAAGAGCUUUGAAGCAAGCUUUAGAUAAUAUUAAAAUUAACGAAAAUUGGUUGAUUAGAGAUCGUGAAGAAGUUGAAAAAUUUUUAACUAAGUUGGAUUAA